AUGAGCAGCGAAAAAUAUCCGAGGUCUUCAAUUGAGGAUGACUUCAACUAUGGCACAAAUGUUGCUACUGCAAGCGUCCAGAUACGUAUGGACUUCCUGCGGAAGGUAUACACGCUCCUGAGCUUGCAGAUCCUUUUGACGACUGGCACCUCUGCCCUUUUUAUGUUCUCUCAAACCAUCAAGGAGUUUGUCCAUGCCAGCCCCGCUGUUGUUUUGGGUACAGCUUUGGGCUCCCUGGUCCUGCUGUUGGUCUUGGCGAUUUACAGACACAAGCAUCCCGUCAACCUCUAUCUGCUCUUUGUAUUUACUUUACUGGAGGCAGUCUCUGUGGCCACAGCCGUGACCUUCUAUGAAUACUCCACUGUGCUCCAGUCCUUGUUCUUGACUUGUGCUGUGUUUGCUGGACUGACUGCCUACACCUUCCAAUCCAAGAGGGAUUUCACCAAACUUGGUGCAGUUCUUUUUUCCUGCUUGUGGAUUCUCCUGAUAGCAAGUUUUAUGAGGGUGUUUUUCAACAGCGACAGCACAGAAUUGCUGUUCGCCGGGACCGGGGCGCUGAUCUUCUGCGGCUUCAUCAUCUACGACACCCACCUGCUGAUGAAGCAACUCUCCCCCGAGGAGCACAUCCUGGCAUCAAUCAACCUCUACCUGGAUAUCGUCAACCUCUUCCUUCACAUUUUACGUAUCCUAGACUCGAUGAAGAAGCACUAA